AUGCCCUUCGGUAUCCAGAUCGCCGCCAUUAUGGCAGAAGAAUUUUUCCACGGUUGGUACAGCGACUACGCGAUACUGGGAGUUUUAACUGUUUUACACUGGGGAGCAAAAUACGGUAACCCUGAAAUUAUCAAGGCAUUUGCUGGCACCUACAAGGUUGAUGUGAAUAGUAAGACGGGCUACACUCCACUGCAUAUCUCAGCCCAAUUCGAUCACAGGGAGAUUUUCAAGCUACUUAUUGAAGUGUACAAAGCCGAUACGAAAAUUCGAGACUACAGCGGUCGUACCGCAGAGUACUAUCUGCUAACCAAGGAGCUAAAGGAGAAGAACUCUGUGACCCUUCGGAAAAUUAAAGGGAGGAAGAAACAGUCAGAUAAAGAUUUGGGAUUUCUACGGAUUGGCUCCUUAAAUGUCCGCGUAAAGAAAACCACAGAAGCUUUCAGUAACUUCUUGGGAGUUGGCAAUAGUGGAUCCAUCAACCCGAGCGAAUCGAUGGGAGAUAAAGUUCAUAAAGGAUGGGGGUCAGCUGAUAAUGUAAACAAGGACUCGAUGCCGGCCCCAAAAAGCUACGUAUCUCGGAAAAAGUCAAAAAGGGCGAUCGAUUCCGGAUUGAGCUCCACCCCGACCACCCCCAAGACCCCCGUGAAGAAUUUCUCCUCAAUCAGUUUGCCGAACCAAACGAACGAUUCGGAUUCUGAUAGUGCUGCUGGUUUUGACUCCAACUGGAAGAAUUAAUUUCUUGGUUGCUUAUUGUAUUUCCUUUUAUGGUGUUUAUAUUUUAAUUGUUUGGUGUAAACGUAAUUUUGCUGUUAUUGUACGUUUUUUACUCGCAUUAGACUAGACUCUCUUGGACCUUUUAAUUACAUUAAUUGUUUUUACUUAAUAUACAAUGUUGUAUUGUAGCUUUGUAAUGGAGUGUUAUUGUAAUAUUUUUGUAUUUUAAUAAAGGUUUUUACAUGAUAA